AUGCAACAAGAUAUUAUUUCUAUUGAAAGUUCAUCGUUGGAUAAUAUCACACAAAAUGACAGAAUUGUGCUAAGCGGUCUUUUAGAGUUCGGAUACAUUAAUGAGACAAUGCUACCGUGGAACAGUGGUCAACCACUUCUGAUUAAAAUUAUUUGGGGAUCUGAGGCUCACAAUGCUGGUGAAUUUGUCGACUUUGAAGUCUUGUAA